GAGUAAAGAAGAGUGCCAGAGAAGACAAAAGAAAGUAUUAUGAAGCCAUGGCCAAUGAAGCAGAACAAGCAGCAGCCAAAGGAGACCUCGCAACACUCUACCAAACAACUAGGUACCUCUCAGGCGAAAAUUCGUCACAAAUUAAGCCAGUGAAGGAUGACAAUGGAAAGUCAAUCACCAAAGAAGUGGAGCAAAGGAAACACUGGGCUGAACACUUCAAAAGACUCCUAAAUCGACCACCACCUACAACGCGCCCAGCAAUACCAACGACGGAGACAGAGCUACCAGUGAACACCAACCCCCCGACGAAAUCAGAAGUCCUGAAGGCAAUCAAGAUGCUGAAAGCUGGAAAAGCAGCAGGACCAGAUGGAAUCCCAGCAGAAGCAUUGAAAAUGGACCCAGAGACAACAGCGGACUUGAUGACGCCACUACUGGAGAAGGUGUGGAAAGAAGGCAAAGUACCUGAAGAUUGGAAGAAAGGAUACUUAUUCAAACUACCAAAGAAAGGAGACUUAAGUCAAUGCAAGAACUGGCGCGGAAUUAUGCUCCUGUCCAUCCCAAGCAAAAUACUAAGCCGCAUCAUCCUGGAGAGAAUCAAACAAGCCAACCUGGAUGAAAAACUUCGACCGGAACAGGCUGGAUUCAGGAGAAACAAGUCAUGUAUUGAUCAGAUCGCCACAUUACGGAUCAUCAUUGAACAAAGCUUGGAAUGGCAGUCACCUCUCUAUCUCAACUUCAUCGACUUUGAAAAGGCCUUUGACAGCGUCGAUCGAGAGGUGAUUUGGAAACUACUUCGCUACUACAGGGUGCCACCGACAAUUAUACAUCUCAUCCAACAGCUAUACGACAAUGCUGUAUGCCAAGUAAUCCACAACGGGAAACUUACGGAACCCUUCGAAGUGAGGACAGGAGUAAGACAAGGCUGCCUACUAUCGCCAAUGAUUUUCCUGAUUGCAGUAGACUGGAUAAUGCGACAAACAGCGGGCAAUGAGGAAACAGGCAUAAAAUGGACUCACACAAAAAACUUGGAGGAUCUGGACUUCGCCGAUGAUAUAUGUCUGAUUUCCCACAAACUGGAAGAUAUGCAAGCGAAAAGCAACAAGUUGGCAGAAGAAGCAUCCAGAAAAGAUAGGACUUCAGGUGAACAUAGAUAAAACAGAGGUGAUGAAGAUUCCUGGGCAACACCACCAACAGCAACAACAACAACAGACAACAAUCAGCAUAAAUGGGAGGAACCUGAAAGAAACAACCUCCUUUACCUACCUACCUGGGAAGCAUCGUUUCAACUACAGGCGGAACUGACGAGGAUAUCAAAGCAAGAAUCGGAAAAGCAAGACAAGCUUUCACUACUCUCAAGUCUGUGUGGAGGUCAACAACACUCAGCAUCAAAAAUAAGAUCCGGAUUUUCAACUCCAAUGUGAAGUCAGUGCUAC